CUCGGGGAAAGGUGAAAGCCCCCUCGGCAAGAGAGAGAGAGAGAGAGAGAGAGGGUCGGUAGAAAGAGACCCGAAGGGAUUUUUAAUAGCAGAGAGAGAGAGACAGAGAGGCCAAGGCCACUCACAGAGAGAGAGAACAGCGACCGGAGGGAGGGGGCAGCGGUUGAGGAAACAGCUGCGAUUUAUGUUGGCUGGCUUUGAAUCGGCAGUUGCUCGGGCGGCUCUGUUGCUGCAGCUCUGUUUGUUCUGCUUCAUGCUCCUCUGCUCCUCCUGGCAGAGCUUCAGCCUGGUGUCGCCGUCCGCUUCGAUGCGUUUGAGAUCCAAAAGGACUUGUUCUGGCGUGAAGUGUUUCGGGGGUUUUCACAUAAAGCGAUUCUUCUACCUCUUAUUGUUCCUCAGAGGGGGUCUCACUUGAUACUUGUUUUAAUCUCAGAUCUGAUGUGAAUCCUUUCUGCCGGUUUACAAUUUUUCCGUUUUAGCUCUUUUCGAGUGUAUUGAGGGGUUUUUCCGGCCAUGGCUGGGGUUCCCGAGUCCUUGAGUGUUCCCUUAAACCCCAACAGUCUCUUCAAGAAACCCAAAAAGAAACCCAAAUUUGCCGAAGACCCGAAGAUGGUCCGGAGAGUCCGUGUGUUUUGUCGGGAUCCCGACGCUACGGACUCGGACUCCAGCGACGACGAGUCCGAGAGGACCUCCCGGAAACGAGAGAAGCUCUUUGUUCGGGUCAUCAACAUGCCGAUCUCCACUCUAAGUAGCCAGCCGAGCAGCGUCGAGACUGAGAGCUCCUCUCAGGACAGCAACAACGGCACCAAGAACCCCGAGAAGGCCCGGGUCUUGAAGAGGAGGCCGUCAAAUUCGCCCUACAAGGGUGUGAGGCAGAGGAAAUGGGGAAAAUGGGCCGCUGAAAUCAGGGACCCCUUCCACCGGGGCAGCCGAAUUUGGCUCGGGACUUACGAUACCCCUGAGGAAGCUGCCAAGGCCUACGAGGCCAAGAAACUCGAGUUUGAGGUCCAGGCUGCCGCUGCAGCUGCCUCUGAGAAGAGACAGAACAUCCCCCAGCCACAGUCCUCGUCUUCUGCUGCAGCGGUCUCCGCCGCCUCUGCCUCCAAACCCGCAGCCUCUGAGGACACUGUGAGUGCGGUCUCUCAAACUUCUCCUGCAUCCGUCCUCGACUUGGACACAUCAGCAUCAAUCGGGAACCCCAGCGGAGGCAACGAUUUGGCCAAAGGAACAGUCACCACUCCGUGCAGCAGUGAUCCCGCGAAGAAAAUCCCGUCCUUUGAAGAAGAGCCCUUUGGGAUUCCUGAGAUGGGGCCUGAUUUUGACAUCGGAAAGGAGUUUGAUGCACUAUUUGCUGGCGAUUUUGGUGACCUGAUGAACGACUUCUGCAGCAUCGAUGAUUUCCAGUUUGGCGGCAUGGACGAGAAUGAUGCAGCGGGAGAGCUCCCGGACUUUGAUUUUGCCCUUGAGAACGACGACUUUGGGCGAUGGAUCGAAGAGUCACACCUCAAUAUAACUUGCUCAUAAGUUUUGCAGCUUAGGAAGUAUAAAUGGAGUAUUUACAAUUACCAGUUUUUCCGUCUAUAGUAUUGAUUUCUAUGUCGUAAAUUAGGGUAUAGGAAGGGAAAUGGAUCCUCUGGGACUGGAAGCCGAUAGUUCUUGAGGAUUCGAGUGAUUUUGUCGAGAUGAGGUCAAAAUUUCUUUGUUGGUUGAGUUUGAGUGAGAUGUGAGGCGUUGCGAGAGGGGAAGCCAUGAGGAAGAAGAAAUCGGGGAGAACCCUUUGGGUUUUUUGGUGCUGUUAGAGCCGUCCAAAGGGUGUCCGACCAGAGUGUUGCGCAUCGAGUGAACGGCCAAUUCUCGGUCGACUCAAUGUCUAGCGAGUUUUGGGACAAUGUUUCUCCUUCCCUGACAUUGAAAAUGUUUGCACUAUCUAUUAUAAGACAAUCUUAUUUCGCGUUUUGCUACUU